ACAAAAGUGACAGUGGGCAAAUGAAAUAAAAAAAUUUUCAGUGCGUGAGUUUCCGAACAAAAAAUAACUUGUCUUUUAUUUCCCUCGUCAACAGUUUUUUGCUAUAUUUUAUUUGUUUAGCUUUUUGCUUCCAUAUAUCGAUUUAUAUUUAUUUGCUAAUUUUUGUGUUUUUUUUUUUCUUUCCAUUUGAAUAAUAAAACAAAGUGAAAACAAGAAAUUUCAACAAAAAAUAAAAACAAAUGUCUAAACAAAUUAAUUCUCAACAAAGUGUUAGUGCUUCUGUUGCCACUGUCGUCGUCGUCGUGGAUUAUUUUUUUUAUAAUAUUUUCGUCCACAACAGCAAUAAAAAAACUGUGCAAGGCUUAUUCGAGUGUAAAAAAUAAUAAGUUCCAUAUUUUUCAAAUAAAAAAACAUAGAUAGAUUUUUUUUUAUAAAUUGAAGACAAAAAAAAAACAUCACAAAGUUUCAACAUGUCUUCACUUAAAGUCGCUGUUCGGGUUCGCCCUUUCAAUGCCAGAGAAAUUGACAUGGAUGCUCUUUCGAUUGUUGAAAUUGAAGGUAACAAAACUCGACUAUAUAAACCAAGAACACUAACAACACGCGAUGCCGGACGUGAAAAUCAUUUUGAUUUUACAUUUGAUUAUUCAUAUUGGUCAUUUGAUCAAAAUGACAGUCAUUUUGCAACACAAGAACAAGUCUACAAAGAUCUUGGAACCGAUGUUGUCGACUGUGCAUUUGAAGGUUACAAUGCUUGUGUUUUUGCCUAUGGCCAAACAGGCAGCGGCAAAACAUUUACAAUGAUGGGAAAACGCGAUAACCCAGGGCUAAUUCCUAGAAUUUGUGAAGAACUUUUCUUACGAAUAAAAGUAGGCCAAGAAUCUGGCACAGGUUACAAGACACAAGCCAGCUAUUUGGAAAUCUAUAAUGAACAAGUUAAAGAUCUACUUGGCCCACAUAACAGAGGACACAGCUUGAAAGUACGUGAACAUCCAAAUAUUGGACCAUAUGUUGAUAAUCUAUCACAACAUGCAGUCUCAGAUUUUGAUGAAAUUUUGGAAUGUAUAUCUCGAGGAAAUGUACAACGAACAACAGCCAGCACAAACAUGAACGAUACAAGUAGUCGAAGUCAUGCAAUAUUUACGAUAACCUUUGUGCAAGCUGUUUUCAUGAAUGACAAACCAAGUGAAACUGUCUCAAAGAUUCACUUGGUCGAUUUGGCAGGCAGUGAACGAGCAGAUGCUACUGGAGCAACUGGUCAACGACUUAAAGAAGGCGCUCACAUAAACAAAUCAUUGGUUACUCUGGGCAAAGUCAUUUCAUUGCUUGCCGAACAAACAAGCAAAAAUGACAAUUCCAAACGAGUUCUCUACAUACCCUAUCGUGACUCGAAUCUAACAUGGUUGCUUAAAGACAGUUUAGGUGGCAAUAGUAAGACCAUCAUGAUUGCCGCAUUAUCACCGGCUGACUGCAAUUAUAGCGAAACACUGAGUACGUUGCGGUAUGCCAAUCGGGCAAAGAACAUCAUCAACAAGCCUACAAUAAAUGAAGAUACAAAUGUGAAACUUAUUCGUGAGCUUAGGGAAGAGAUUAAUAAACUAAAGUCGAUGUUGAGUGGUGAUAUUAACUCUAUCACACCUUCAUCGAAAAUGCUAGAAGAUCUUCUUAAGAAAGAGGCACAAGAAAAGGUUCUUACCGAAGAAUGGACAGAAAAGUGGAAAGAGGCGCAGUCGAUAUUGCAAGAACAAAAAUCAUUGGGGUUACGCAAGUCUGGUGUCGGUGUGGUCUUGGACUCUGAAAUGCCCCACUUGAUUGGAAUACAUAAUGACAUAACAACUGGUGUAACAUUGUAUAGCUUAAAGGAAGGUGAAACUCUCAUUGGGACAGUUGAGUGUGAAAUUCCUCAAGAUAUUGUCCUAACGGGUGAUGGUAUUCAACCGCAGCAUUGUAGCAUUAUUUUGUGUGAUGGCAAUGUGACACUUCAUCCUCGACCGUUUUCUCAAUGUUGGCUAAAUGCUCAUCUCAUAGAUCAACCAACAAGUAUUUCACAAGGUGAUAUCAUCUUACUUGGUCGGACGAAUAUAUUUCGAUUUAAUAAUCCAGCUGAGGCAGCAAAGCUGCGCAAUGAUUUGUCUCGAUCUCAUUUGGAUAUGUCAAGAUUGCAGCUGAUAACAACGUCUCGAGAGAAUCUGCUUAGUAGUAGUUUCUAUGGAGAAGAUGAUUUGCCUAAUAGUCUGACGUCAACUCCAAACAAAAGGAACAAACAAUACCAUCCGAAUACUCUGACGUCCCGGGAGGACCCCGAGCUGCAGGAUGAGAAUAGAAAAAUUUUAGAAACCAUUGAGAAUGCUCUUAAACAACUUAAUAUUGAACGUGUUCAAAUGUAUGAGCAAUACAAGACUAAAGUACGUAAACUUACCGACGAACUUCGUCGGCUGGAGAAAGAAGAAAUGGAUAGUUCUGAGUUGCUACUUUGUCGGGAAAGAGAGCUUUUGGCUCGUAAAGAUAUGUUGCUGUGGGAGAAGAACAAUGAGAAAGUUCAGAUUGAUAUCGUUUGUAGACAAAUAUCGACAUUUCAAACCCAGCUCGACUCAAAGAAACGAGAUUUUUCUGAGUAUGUAGCCAAAGAAUUACAAGAGUUGCAAGACUAUGGCAAGCUAGACGAGGUUGGAAUAAAAAUUACAGAAUGUACACAACUUUCUGAUGAUUUAUUGUUGCAAGCUGUUGAAUCUUUGGAUUCUGCUCAAUUUGUUAAAGAUACAGUUAAGAAAAAUAAUGAAGAUGUUAAAAAAUUAGAAGAACAAAUCACCGAUAAAGAAAAAGUCUUAAAUGCUGGCACAAAUAAGAUUGCAAAGAUCGAUGAAGAAAUUAUGCAAUUGGACCAAGAAUUGCAAGAACUUAAUUCACAAGGACGUGAAAAGACUGAAAUAAAAUCGAAAAAGUCAUCUUUAAAACUAAACUUAAAUAAAAUGACUAAUAGCGAUGCACAAACCGACCAAGAUGAAUUCUCAAAUUCUGAUACUUAUGAAACUUGUGAUACCUUCCAUACAAUAAGCUCUGUAUCGCCAAUUCAAAAUGAUCUCCCAACAACCUCGUCGUCUUCAUCGAAUUUCCCCGAUAAAUUACCAUCGUCGAGUAGCACAAUUGGCAAUGGCGGCAACAGCAGCAGCGGCGAUAGCAAUAGCAAUAGCUUAGCGCCUGUCCAUCCCAAUCCAAUUAUGAGCGACAGUGGUGUAUGUCUAGAAUCGAUAAGAGUUCCUAAUGGCAUUCCAAUAGUUGUGACCAGUCCAACUAGCUCUAUUGGUGGGACAAAAAGUGUUAGCGACGAUGAUACUGCUUCAUGUUCCUCAUGUGAAACGGGUAGAAGUUCAGAUAUAUCGAAAUCCUAUUGUUCAAUGCAUGCGUUGCGAAGGAAAAUUGCUGCUCAAAAAGCUCUUAUUAUGAAGAACUUGGAAAUGGAUGCAGAUAAGUCACAAUUGGAUAGUCAGAUUGCCCAAUUGCAGGAAUUACAAAGGCGAUAUGUUAAAAUUGAAAAGGAACUGAGUUUAAGUGGAAGAAGUCAUUUGGAGUGCUGUAAUGAUGAGGAAAUCACUUAUGAUGAUGGAAGUUGCUCGAACGCCAUGACCCAAUCAAUGGAGACAUCGUCGUAUGUACCUAGCAUGACGAUGUCCUGUCCUUCAAUGCGGGAAUAUCCUCACGAACCGGAUCAAUUCAUUUCGAUACCUAGUUUUGUUAUCCGAGGUGCUGGAAAGCAAACACACUACGAAUACGAAAUCCGAAUUAUUCUUCCCGAUGGCAAAUUGAACAUUCUCAGGCGUUAUAGUCGUUUUAGGGAAUUGCACUUAACAAUGAAACACUGUUAUGGAUCAAAGAUUGGUGCUCUUUCAUUUCCGCGUCGUGAAAUAUUCUCCUCGAACAGUGAAUCAGUUGCUAAACAUCGAAGACGUCUACUAGAACUCUAUGUUCGACGACUGAUUGUUGUUUGUGCACGCAUUCCACAAAGUCCCAUAUACGAGGGCCCCGCUGGACCUGGUAUAACUCGUGUCACAUUAGCAAAUCUCUCGCCGUUCUUUAAGAAGGGUCUGUUCGAGAACGGGAAACACGGGACUGGAUAAUAGUAACUUUGAUAUUUAAUUAUUUCCUACCAAUUCUGUCCUUGUUGAUCUUUGCCUUUUUCAUUCUUACCCUCAGUAGUAAUUACGAGUAAGAAUGAUUUCUGAUUAAUAAUUAUUAUUAUUGAACCCUCCCUUGACUAUUAUUGUAGUGUGAUUAAUUUUAAAUCCAAUUUAUUAUCAAAUGUUUUUUUUUUUCCUUCUUCUGUUUCAUAUUUAUACUCAUUUACAAAGACAAAAAUUUAAAUAGCCCAAGUGACUAUACUAUGAAUUAAAAAAAACAUAUUUUACAAAACAUUAGUUAAAUAAUAAUAAAAAAUACAUAAUUUAAAAAAAUCUGUGAUGAUUUUAUCGAAAGAAAAUAAAAUUAAAAACAAAAAAAAGUUGCAAUAUGAGAGUAAAAUAAAAAAAAAUGUGACUUGCAACAAAACAUUGUUACAGAUAUUUUAAGAAAAGUUUGUUAAAAAACUACGAGCUUAAACAAAAAAAAAAAAAAAAGAA